AAGCAAUGGCAAGCGCAGGAACGAGGGUGUCGGUGUCGCGUGCUGAAUAAACGACGGGACGCGCUACGACUGGCUACGACGAAUUCUUACGCCGGCGAAGGCGGUGGUGCGGGCACGGUCUCCCGGCGCAUCCCGGCGACGGUGCUCGACGGUGCUCGGAGUCGCGCGAUCCCGCGAUCCGAGCCGGGUGUGCGGUGGUUUCUCGUUUUUCGCCGCGUCGGUUCGCUCGCGUAUCCUCUCUCUCUCUCGGAUCGGUUAACACGCGCCGCGCGCCGGUUGACGAUGUGAGAUGUGAACGCGCAAUACACACACGCGAAUAAGCGGCAUAGCAGCGUGGUGCGGUGAGGUGGGGCGGGGGCGGAGGGAGGAAAGGGCGCUCCGGCAGCUCGGCGAACGGAACAGCCGGCGGCAGCGAGAUAUCUUUCUCUCUCUCUCUCUCUCUCCCUCCUCGGCUCCGACGAGGCCGACGAUGUCAAACAUGCGGCGACGAAAUUUGCGCGCCAGCAACGCGACAGCGGCGCCGGCGCCGGUGCCGACGGCGACGACGACGACGACGAGGAAGUCGAAGAAGACGACGACGAAGAAUCGACGACGGCGCACCACGGCCGUGCUCCUCUACCAGUGAAACAACACACGUAACACACACACAUACACAUACACACGUGCACGUAUACACACACACAUACACACCCUACCGUGCGCGCGUACACGCAACAAACACACGCACGCACGCACGCACCGGUACGCGGUUGCCGAUGAGCGUGGAUAUAUGGCGGCGCGAGUACUCUUGCUGAGCGUCUUGAUCACGGAAGUGCUGAAGCCAGCUUGCGCCGCAGGUGUUAAAGGUAUCGGAGGAAAUAUCAGUGGUAGGAACGUGUCCAAACCAGACGGUUCUGACGCUGGAUUGACUAAAGGCUCUGGAUUAACGCUGGAAAUUCAACCUAGUGGCCAUGUGAUACUAGGAAAAAAGGGGAUCACGCUCAGUUGUAUAGCUGGUCCGAAUGAGACUGUGACUUGGUUGCACAAUGGAGAACCAGCACCUCCGUGUGGUCUUACUCGCUGUGUUCUUCUUUCCAAUGGCUCUCUUCACUUUUACAAGGUGCAGAAACAAAAUUUACAAAUGCAAAAGUUCAAAGAAAAGGAAAGGAAUAAUAUUGUUAAUGCUAGAAACCAUAAUAAAGAUGAAUAUCGUUGUAGAACACGUACUAGUUUAGGAUGGUCGAUACAGUCAGCACCCACCAUUAUUCAAAUAGCAGAACUUGCCCAUGUAUUUAAAGAAACUCCAGAAAAUAUUACUGUUCAAGAAGGCGAAGUCGCAAGGUUAUCUUGCUUGAUUGACAGUGUUCCUUUCCCACCCAAUAUUACGUGGCAGCAUAAUGAAACAUUGUUAUCUUAUCAUAAUGAAUCAAAGUAUUCUGUGGUACCACCAGGUGUUCUGUAUAUAAGUGCAACGAAACUGUCAGAUGCUGGCUCAUAUAGAUGCAUAGUCACUAACGAAUUUCUAAGAAAGACCAAAAGGAGCAAAGAAGCAAAAUUAACGGUUAUCGCGAGAAUAGAGAGUAACAAAACGCAUACGCCAUCGUCCUUGUUUCCACAGGUCUCGUACAAUCAUUGGCUGCUUAAUGGGUCGAAUCUUAAUUUGGCAUGUGCUGCAUCCGGUUAUCCGUCACUUGUAACAUGGUCCUUUAUUCCUCGUUAUAUAGAUAAUAUUACAAAACCUCGCAUCCUUCUUAAUUCCACCACCGGCAUUAGUAUACUGUCAUUAACAAACGUGAACGUUUCCAAUGCCGGUGUCUACCUGUGUUCUUCAAAGAAUUCUAUCACCAAUGACUUAGAAGUACAGAAUGUAACUGUAGAUAUAUUAAUACCACCGUCAUUUAUAAAAACGCCGACAAACCAAAUCUGUCCAAAUGGAAGAACAGCGAGAUUCGAGUGUCAGGCGCAAGGGUUACCCGUACCUCAAAUUUAUUGGCUGAAAGAUUCAUCGAAUAUUACUGUCAAUGGUCGCAGAACAACUUACGUUAAGGAAUACAAUAAAAUAGAAUUAGCAAUAUCAGCAACAGUGCCGUCUGACUCUGGCAUAUACCAAUGUGUGGCGGUGAAUGCAGCGGGUGAAAUUUGGGCCGCUGGCCGGCUCCAAGUAAAUACAUCGCGCAACAGUCCCGCUACACCCACUUCUCUGAAGUGUCACGCUAUUUCACCAGUUAAAAUCUUAAUUUCGUGGGAACCGCCAAAGUCUGUACCAUAUACCAGUAUUACAGCUUAUACCGUCCAUUAUAGUCCCGUAGAAGGUGGAAAGGAGGAAGUUUCACCGCCAGAACCAGGGAAUUCUACGUCUGUAGAAGUAACAAAACUUCUCGAACCAUUUACAAAUUACUCGUUCUAUGUACGAGUGUGGAAUAAUUUUGGUGCUAGUGAUCAAUCAGCUACCAUUGUGUGUUCCACUGCUCCAAGUGUUCCUAAAGGCACACCAAAAAUGAAUGUGGAUAUAAUCAGUAGUACAAAACUAAAUGUAUCGUGGGAGCCUUUGAGUAAAAAAGAGUCUCGCGGCGAUGUGGUGGAAUAUAAACUAUUAUGGAAACUCCACCAGAGCUCAUCCUCCAGAUGGGUACAUCAUCUACCUGCCUCCGAUGAAUAUUACAUACUUUCCGGCCUGGAACCUGGAGCGCGAUAUGAUCUUCGAGUAUUGGCAAGAACAAAGCAGGGCGAGCCAAAUAUUAGUGAAGCACAAUUGGAUUGGGUUACUGUAACCAUGCCAUCUUCCAAUCAAUCCAAUCAGUUUACUAUAAGGAAUGUUGUGGAUAUUCAAGUAUUAAUUGUAAACGCCUCAAUAAUCAGGAUGAAAUGGAAGAUCAACUUCAAGCAAAGUGAUCAAAUUGAAUCAAUGUUCGAUUCUUGGCAAAUUUAUUGUGAAAAUCAAAAUGGCGAGAAGUUAAAGAAUAUUCAUUUACCACAGAAUAUUACUGAAUACCUGUUUACUGAUCUUGAUAUGAACGUUUCUUAUACUAUGCGUCUGUGCAUGGUAAGCUCGGGUGAAGCCACAGGCUGUUUGACGAAACACGUAGAGACCGUACAAUCCGAUCCUAACACUGUGCCAAUGGCAUUGGAGGCUAUUCCCGUCUCGCCUACGUCCAUUAACGUGUCAUGGACAUUGUCUGAUGUGGACGACGUAACAUCGUUCGAGUUUUGUUAUCAUGCGGUGCAUGUGCAAAAUUCGAGCAAUUCUAAAUGUUUUAUCGUAAAUGACACAAAAACAAGCGUUGACGAGCUGAAGCCUUUUACUUUAUAUGAGUUUAAAGUAAAAGCCAUUAGACACGAUACGAAUCGGACCAGCUUCUAUAGCAAAUCUAUAGAAUGCUACACAAACGAAGAUGUUCCCGGUAAAGUCGAAGGGUUACAAUGGUUCCUGGAGAACACCACGAAAGUACGAAUUGCAUGGGAGGAGCCGAGCAACGUAAACGGCAUUAUACAAAAUUAUAUUGUCGCAUAUACCGUAAACGUGACAUGGAACUUGACAACAUGGAACUUGACGACAUGGAACAACGUGACCGUACUCGGUAACAAAAGGACAACGAACCUACCAGGUUUAGCGCCGGGGAAACAAUAUUUCGUUGUGGUGCUGGCAGCGACGAAAGCUGGCUAUGGGAAACCGUCAGACCCUAUUAUGGUUGUUACCGGUGGUACUAGUCGUAACGGUAGUAACGGAACGUCGAAAGUACCUGCCCCGUCGGGCAAUGAGACGAACUCCAAGCCCGAUCAGAGUCUUGGUGUGAUCCUCGGAGUGAGCAUAAGCAUCGGAUUUAUCAUGAUAUGCCUCUGCAGCAUAUAUUGUCGGAAAAAGUUUGAGAAUUCUCGAUUGAGAAACGACGCUCAGCUUACGAAUAGAUGUGUGCUAUCGCGAAACGGAAAUGGAUGUUGCGCGGAGCAGUCCUCCACUUCCACGGGUCAACAAGCGAAUGCCACCGAUGCCCCGAAUGAAAUUGAAUUGGCAGUGCUGUGUCCAUCGUCACCGAUUGAGACAAAUCCGCACUCGGACGCGAAGGGCGCACAGUCUAACGGGGUUUUCGAAAUUUGCGCGAAAGAACCCUUAUUGUCGCCGUGGGAGAUAAAUGGAGGCUCGAAGGAUGUUCAUAUUAUGGAGAAUCCUCAGUACAAAAGAAGGGGCAGUUCUACCUCGAAUAAUCAACAGGAGGAGGAAGAGGAGCAAGAUCUAGAAGGCACGCAGCUCACAAUGGUCAAUUGUACUUUAGGCAGUAGCGCUAGCAGUUUAAAUAACAAUUCAGGAUGUCCAGACGGUGAGACUUUAUCAUCGCCGAAAUCCACCUGUGCAUCUGUUCCGGCGCUCGGACCAAAUGGGUGAAAGUGCGUUAGGCAAUACAUUAUUAAAGUGUUCAAUGCUUCUCAGCGUUAUCAAGGUACAACAGGUAGGAGUACAUGAAUUCUCCUAUUUCCUCCUUCUUUACGAUCGAUACGACUGUCAUCGAUCGCAGUCACGUUCCGAAUCAACGCGCGGAAAAAAGAAAAUAAUGAUGUCCAGUCCCGAGAAAGCAAAAGCAAUGCAAAAUUGCAGCAGCCUCGCAAAGCAAGAGUAUUAAUUAUCUGACACAUAAUCGAUGUAAAUAAUACUGUUUCGGAAAAAAAUCACGACGUUAGUCGUCACCUUGUAAAUACGAGCAAGAUACAUUUAUCGCGCGGAAAAUAAAGCUCGUCUGCAUAAGCAUCUCAGCGAAAGCAACGCAAUUCUAAAAUUUAUUGCAUUACAGUGCACCGAUCACGUAGACGGACAUUUGAAGUGUUUGCCGGACUCGUGUAUGUAUACCGAAUGAUUCCAAAUCGUUUGAGGACGAAAGUUAAGUAUUUUUUAAGAGAAUUAAUAUAUAGGUACAGUUAAAGAUUUUUGAUAUUAAAGUUUUAUAAAAGGAUAUUCGCUAUUUGAAUACUGCUAGCGAAAUUAUUCCGUUAUUUAGUUUCUGAUUGAGACUAUUUAGAAGCGAAAUGAAACGUUUUUGAACAUAGGCUGUUGCUUCAAGAGUGUUUAAUUUAUCACUCUUCGAUCCUCAAACGUGUCGAAUAAUUUUGUAUACAUAUAUACGUAUAUAAAUUAAGUAAACUGUUGACGUGCCGAAAAUUGAGAGAUGCGCGAAAUGCUCUGAAAUGAAAAACAACAAGUUUCUGAUGCCUCUGUACAUAAGAUAGAAUAAUUGUUGAUUGUGAAUAUGUCCAUAAAAUAUCACACUUCGAAUGCAGCAAAAAAGACAUGCGGACGUGCAUUCCUUCGCGUUUGGGGACACAAAAUUGCUGAAUAUCCAGGCACAGUAUGGCCUAAAAAAGUUGAUAAAGUUCUGAUUCAUUCUGAUAACAGUUUUCGGGCUGACGCGAUUGCUUUAAAAUGGAGCAGAGACACUGAUCAUUCCAAAAUAAGUUUUCCACUGAUAUUUAAUUGUAAACAAAGGAAGAACGUUUAGUAUUAAGAAAACAGGGAAAGGCUCUAACCAGAUGCUACGCGUUUUUAGAGAUGUUAAGAAAAUUUUUUAUCCCGUGGUUUUUUUUCUAUUUUUUUCCCUCUCUUUUCUAUUUUUCUCUUUAUAUUUUAACAUACCAUAUGUGUGUCAUUAAGGUAUCACUUUUACGAAAAAAAAAAUUGAUUUCUCCAAGGAAUCAAAGUAAAAUUUUUUUUUUUUGCAUUUGGAGCUAGUGUGCAUGACAAAUGAAGGAUUUGUUGAGUAGCUCUUAAAAUAUUUGAUGUAAGUUUUGUAUUAGUUUAAAGUGGACUAUCGAUAUAUCAUACUUUAAAUUUAAAAGAGAGAUCCUAUGAAUGGGAAGGAAUAUUCAGAAAGAUAAUCUAGUGCUCAGAAUAUUGCGAUUCAAAUGAAUGGCGUGCAACAGGCCACCUUGUUUUCUCACAAUUAUUUACUUCUAUAAGAGACCUCAAAGACUGCUGUAUUAAUAGACGAUAUUUUUUAUAAUUAACAGAUAACCUCGUCGGAGAAUGUUUCCGUGAAAAGACUUUGCGUAAUGCGUUACGUAAGAAGAAUUUUACAUAUUCCUCGGAUUUCUUUCCGUUCAUAAGAUUGAUAUCGUUUUUAAGGCGAUUAGGUAAUCGAUAUGCGAUUAAUGUCAACGUUUUGUAUGUACGAUAUUUAGCGUGUUAACUGGUAAAGCAGUUCUGUGUAUUACACAAAAAAAGAAAGAAGCAGCAUUCGUGACGAAUCUUACAAGACACAUA